AUGGGAGGCCGGUGCACGCCUCAACUAUCUACUAUGGGACGAACGGGAUGCAAGUGUGCGAUGAAAAAGAAGGCCAUGUACGAGGUUCCCAACGAUGUAUACUCCCCGUCCUCUCGGGGACGGCACAGCGCAGGAGGGGAGAACGGAGAAGAAGGCGGAGAUGGAUUGGCGAAGUGUAGUGGGUGUCGUGCAUCCUUAGUGGAAAGGAUACCCUACUGCUCGUUCCAACCAGAUAACUGCAAUUCACCCUCCAUUAUCAACGGCUCCUCAGUUGAAGUCAAGGAAUGGAGGACUACAGCUACGUCCCAUAAGACGCCGGGGCAGUUAACUUCCACUAGACCAUCGCUGCGGGAUCGUAGAGCGGGUUAA